CCUCGUCUGUCCCCCCCCAGAACGUGCUGGCCAAGGCGCUGUAUGACAACGUGUCCGAAUCCCCGGACGAGCUCUCCUUCCGCAAGGGCGACAUCAUGACAGUGCUAGAGCGCAACACGCAGGGCCUGGAUGGCUGGUGGCUCUGCUCGCUGCACGGGCGCCAGGGCAUUGUGCCCGGCAACCGCCUGAAGAUCCUGGUGGGCAUGUAUGACAAGAAGCAGCAGGCAGGACCUGGCCAAGGGCAGCCACCCUCCCACCAGCACCCGCUGCAUCCCACCACCCGGCCGCCAGGGGACAGCAUCUACCUGAUCCCAGCCCCAAGCAAGGGGCAGCUGGGCCUCUACCCAGGCUCUGCGCCAGGGGCCCCCUUCCCCUCACCUCCAGCCAAGCAGCCGCUGAUGUAUCCAAAGCAGCCGCCGCCCCACGCCUGCCAGGACAUCUACCAGGUGCCUCCGUCGCUGAGCCACACCCCGGACAUCUCCACCAGCCCCCCACAGGAGAUCUACCAGGUGCCCCCCGCUGCGGGGCUGGGCCAGGAUAUCUACCAGGUGCCACCGUCCUUGGACAUGAGGAGCUGGGAAGGGCCGAAACCCCAGGGAAAGGUGGUGGUGCCCACCCGCGUGGGGCAGGUCUACAUCUACGACUCACCCAAAGGCGAGCAGGAUGAGUACGACAUCCCACGGCACCUCCUUGCCUCUGGGCCCCAGGAGAUCUACGACGUGCCCCCCAUCCGCGGUGUGCUUGCCAGCCAGUACAGCCAGGAGGUCUACGACACGCCCCCAAUGGCAGUGAAGGGCCCCACUAGCCGGGAGCCCAGCCAGGAGAUCUACGACGUGCCGCCCAGUGUGGAGAAGGCCCUGCACCAGGCUCCUCAAACUGUGUAUGAUGUCCCCCCAUCCGUGAGCAAGGACGUCCCGGACGGCCCCUCCCGAGAGGAAACCUAUGAUGUGCCCCCCGCCUUUGCCAAGUCAAAGGUGCUGGACCUGCCCCGGCACCCGGUGGAGCUGGCCCUGCCUGAGGACGUGUACGAUGUGCCACCGGCAGCAGGGAAGGGCGCCCCCGAAGCCCCCUUCCCGCAGGAGAUCUAUGACGUGCUGCCCAGCCUACGGAAGCCGGCGGGGCCCGCGCAGGACGUGUACGAUGUGCCCCGGGAGCUGCACGCUGGCAGCCUGGACAGUGAGGGCGAGUACAUCUAUGACGUGCCGCCGCAGGUGGACCGGGAGGCCAGGGCAGGUGAUGCCAAGCGCCUCUCAGCCUCCAGCACGGGCAGCACCCGCAGCAACAUCUCCAGCUCCUCGCUGGAUGUGGGGCCAGGUAAGGAUGCACCCAAGGAGCUAGGCCUGGACCUGGACGCGGCCAUGGAGCUGUUGGCCCGGCUGCAGCACCACAUCAACAGUUCCGUCUCCUACCUCAUGUCCUUCAUCAGCACUGGCUGGCGCAGCCCAGAGCAGCUGGAGCUCCAUGCGCCCAGCCUCCGAGCGGCGGCCGAGGGCAUCAAGGAGGCACUGCGGGACCUGCUGGAGUUCGCCCGCGGGGCCGUGGGAAAUGUGGCCCAGGCCUCCGACCGCGCCCUGCAUGCCAAGCUCAGCAAGCAGCUGCAGAAGAUGGAGGACGUGUACCAGGCCCUACUGCGGCACAGCCAGGCACUGGAUGGCUGUGGCUGGGCCCCUGGUGCCCUGGCAGCCGGCAAGCCAGGCGGCACCGACGACCUGGACCGCCUGAUGAUGUACUCACGGGGCAUCCCCGACGACACCAAGCAGCUGGCGUCCUUCCUGCACGGCAACGCUUCCCUGCUCUUCAGACGGGAUAAGCCGCCGGCGGACAGCCUGGACUCCAAUCUGCUCCUUGCCAGCCACCCCCCGCCGGCGCCCGCCGACAAGGCCAGCAGCAUCCAGUCACGGCCCCUGCCCUCCCCACCCAAGUUCUUGGCGCAGGACUCGCCUGACGGGCCGUACGAGAACAGUGAGAGCGGCUGGAUGGAAGACUACGACUACGUGCACCUGCAGGGCAAGGAGGAGUUUGAGAAAACCCAGAAGGAGCUGCUGGAAAGAGGCAACAUCAUGCGGCAGGGCAAGGGGCAACUGGAGCAGCAGCAGCUGAAGCAGUUUGAGCGGCUGGAGCAGGAGGUCACACGCCCCAUCAACAACGACCUCUCCAGCUGGACGCCACCGCAGCACUACGCCCAGGUGCGGGGCAGCAGCACUCUGUGCCCCUCCGACCGCCAGCUGCUCCUCUUCUACCUGGAGCAGUGCGAGGCCAACCUCACCACGCUCACCAACGCCGUGGACGCCUUCUUUACCGCCGUGGGCACCAACCAGCCACCCAAGAUCUUCGUGGCCCACAGCAAGUUCGUCAUCCUCAGUGCCCACAAGCUGGUGUUCAUCGGCGACACCCUGUCACGCCAGGCCCGGGCGCAGGACGUGCGCCACAAGGUCACCCACUACAGCAACCUGCUGUGCGACAUGCUCAAGGAGAUCGUGGUGACCACCAAGGCUGCCGCCCUCCACUACCCAUCCCCCUCCGCUGCCAAGGACAUGGUGGAGCGGGUCAAAGACCUGGCCAGCAGCACACAGCAGUUCAGGAUGGUGCUGGGGCAGCUGGCGGCCAUGUGACGGCCUCGCCAGCACACACUGCGCUGGGAACUACUUGGAGAGAUCAGUCUACUAUUAACGACUGCCUCUGUGGACGCGCAGCAGAGCACGAGACGAGUGUAAAUGGGCUUGUAAAUAUUUAAAGAGACUCCCAUGGGGGGGCAGAGGCGGGGCACAAAACAAGCGUCAACUCUGGGCUCCUGUUCACUCCUCCCCCUUUCCCCCCAAGAACAAGGUAGUUUUUAGGCCACGCUGGCGAUUCGUUAAGGGUGCUUUGAGGUGAAAGGCUGGAGACCCAGGACAGAGGCUGUGGCCUCGGAAAGAAAAGGGGGCCCCAGGUCCCCCAUAACGAAGCCACAGAGGCAAAUUAUUGUUGUCGGUGAAGGAUUCAGAGCGCUUUAGGCCAAUGGGCGAUAUUUAAAAAAAGAACUAGAAUUUGAAUCAGCAAUGCAAUUAUAGCGGGCGGGAGCAAUCGAAGGGAAAUCCAGUAGUGUCAGCGGACAGUUAGGGGCAAGUGUGAUUUCCAUUGACUUUAGGGCCUGAUCUAAUUAACGAGCUCUCUCGCAGCUAAUUGACAGCCGUUUAAUUGUGCAGAAUGAAUCAAUCCAAUGGUAUCUGGGUGGAGAUGAAAAGGAAACUGACAGAGUCCAAUGGGGGAAAGUACAGUCAAACUGUGAGCUGGAGGAGUGUCUGUGUGUCCAUUGCCUGGCCUGACAGCCAGCCCCCGGGGCCAGCAGGAUGGACACAGGGAGGUGUGCCUCACCGUGGUGUGUCACGGUUGGGUUUUGCUAAGAUCGGCUGUAGCAGAAAUGCGAAAUGAAAUUGGUGCCUUGAAAUGUGCGGGUUCCCAGAGCUCUGAAGUACCUCACGGCCUGUAUGGAUACUCGUUGCUAUGGAGCCUGCUGGCAUGGCAGCAUAAAGGUUUGCCUAGAACCCCUCUGCCUUGUGGUUGUGUUUUAGGGGUGGGGGAGAGGGGGCUGGUGUGUGAGCAUUGCCCGGGAUGCAGAGGAGAUGGGAUCCCAUAUUCCCAUGGAAGAUGGAGAUGUGAGAACUCAUCUUCUCCUAGUGGGAGCUCCUAAGGCAUGGGCUGGAGUCAGAAAGCCCCCAGCUAUCUGGCUGAUAAGGCCGUUGUCUCAGUGCCCUCUGUGGUCCCUCGGUACUCACCAGCUAAGCAGUGUGGGGCUGGGUCACUAUGAAUGGGUCCCUGGAGGGUUGCCCAUCCUGUGAAGUCCGUAUCAAGCCCAUACCCCAGCCAGCAGGUGCUAUACUGCUGGGUCAGCUCUCAUGAAAUGCAACACAGAGGAUCUGACUAAGGGGCCACUGAAGCUCCUGUUUCACCCAAUAAGAGAUGGGUGCAUUCCACUUGCCUCCAGGUUCAGCCCACUGAGGUGUGGCUGGUAAACAGCUGCCAGGUUCCACCCCAGAGAUGGCUGCAUGUUGUUAGCAGGGAAGCAGAUUACUGCAUAGAGCUGGCCAAGGGUUUUGUGGCCCUAUGGGGGUGAAAGUUAUUGUUCUCCAUCCCUAACUCCUAUGCCCACAGAACUCAGCUUGGGCAUCUCAUUGAGGUUUGCUCAGCUCCCAGCACUCUCCUCAGCUAGGUUCUUUCCUGCCCAUGGUUAAAGAUUUGGGGGUCAUGGUGCAUAAUCCACUCAAAUGAGCUCCCCAUGCAGAAAUGGGGGAAUCUCAAGUAGGAAAAGAGAGGUUCUUUGAUCUCUGCAUGUGGCCUUGGUGCGACCGCUGCUGAAAUUCUGGGUCCAGUUGUGUGCACAGUUCAAGAAGGAUGUUGAUAAAUUGGAGAGGGUCAGAGAAGAGCCACAAGAAUGAAUAAAGGGUCAGAAAACCUGCCUGGUAGUGACAGA